AUUUGCGACUAGUGACAUGUAGAUGAGUAAAUAUAAACAAACUCAUAAUGAGACCGCAUAAGUUUAAGCUACCGUGUAAUGCGGAGAGUUUCACACAGACUGACAAGAAGGUGGUGAUUGUCUCAGUGUUUGGCAAGUCUCAUUAUCAAGCGAAAGGAUGCAAAACAGAUAUGCUCAGUUCCAUACUCCAGUUGAAUCUUUUGGAUGAACCAGUGAUUGACGAAGAUUCUUGGUGUGAAAUCGAAGGAUAUCAUGAUGCUAAAGAGAAGACAAUUUACUUACACUUAAGAGGGUUCUUGGAUACUCAUACACUUUUGACCGAAUAUGACAAGUUCACAGAAAAACAAGAUUGCAAAGACUUUCUCAGCGUGUGGGCACAUAUGAGAGAUAAAUAUGCAAGAGCACUCUUGGUGAUGUUUCACAUAUCUCAUGUGAUUGUGCUUACUCAUCCAACGCACACCUUUGAUUACAGUUAUGUGCAUUUAUUUCGUGCUAUGGAUAUAGUCAGGCAAAAGAUUUCUCCACAACUUUCAGAUGUGUUAAACUCCAUUCAUAGUCUACCUAAGGAUUGGAUUGCAAAUGCUAGGCCUUGUUCACCGCGCGUGUUAUUUUACUUCGAAACCUGUCCUACAGUAUUCCAAGAUUCAGACAGCAAUGCAAAUAUUAAAAAAUUAGAGCAUUCCCUGGAAGAUCAAAUUUACCAUGUUUUAAGAAAAAAUAGGAUUGUUACUAAUAUCAGUUCGAAUUCCUUAUUUGCAAUACCAGCCAAUCAGGAAUUUGUGUAUGUAUAUACCGGAAGCACGGAGUCAAAGGACAUGCUGGGUUAUAUGGCGAGAAAGUUAAUGCAAAGUUGUAAAGUCAGUUCCGGUGGUACAACAUCGAGAAGCCUUGCUAGUUUAGAUUCAAACAGUCUUGUACCCGACGAUUCUGAUACUGAGCCUCGUACGUUCAGAUCGUUUUUGCAGCAGCAUAUAAAUCUGGCCUUUGCAAGAGGAUUUGAUGACAAUGUCAGUCGGCACUCUAUACCAGCUCAUUUUGAGAUACCUACUGUAAACAUAUUUUGCCAAGUAGCGAGUAAAGUAUUCGACUACUUCAUUCACGGAACCGACAAGGAACUAUCGACGCUUCAUAAUUUGUUAGACACCGAUGUGAAAUUCAGUAAAAGCCGAUGUAGCAAGGUACUUCCACGCGCGUUACAAGCGUACCAAGAAAAUUUGCCGCAGCAUUAUACGAGAGCGUAUCAUGAGUCCAAAUUGGCGCACGCAAUGGCGGUCUUCGAGAUGCAUGCUCGCGGUCCGUUGUUCGAGGAGUUCAAUGAGAAAUUGCAGGCCGAAUGCGACAAACAUUGGCGAGCCGGCAGGCAAAUGUGCGAAGUACUGUCACUCACUGGUCAUCCUUGCACAAAUCCCAUUCACAGGGGAGGCAGCGAAGGUGCGGGAGGUGGAGAGCAAGCGGAACCCAGAGAGGACGACAGCGAAUUGCCUGUGAGAGAGCAUUGUAGCGGCGUUAGAUACGUGUGUGCGUGCAACUGCGGUCGGAUUCAAGGCUCGAGGGAAGAUCCCUUCAGUCUAAGACAGGCCAACUACGACUACUUCCAAAUGCUGGCCAAGCAGUGCGGUUGCGCGCAACUGGAAAGCAUACAGUUCCCCGUAUUUCAACCCAGCACGCACAAUUACAGAGCGGCGCAGCUAUUUUCCGCGACAAAGCGCCACGAUUCCUUCAGUCGCAACGGAUCCUCUACGCCUCAAGGAGACACGCAAGCUUGCAGUUUAGGAGCUGAUACCUUAAAUGAUGAAAUUACAGAUUACGGUAGCGGCGGUCAGUCGUUGGCGACGAGUGAUCCGAUCGAGGAAGAUAUCACCAGACUGAGUAAUAAGACGAGUCCCACGCCGAGCGACACGCACAAGGUUGUUAUAGAAGUUACUGACAGCGACGCGGAAAAUUCCAAAGACAAAUCUCUAGUCCGGCAGCCAUCGACGACGGAAUAUUUGCCCGGAAUGCUGCACACUGAGUCGCCAGCCGGCUUGCUACCACAGUUCUCCAGCUGGUCUCUGGUAUGCCUUGGACCGAGCAGCCUUUAUUCUCACAAUUUAGGGCUGCAGCAUCAGACGGGAAUAUUGCCCACCUCUGCGUUCCUGCUGCCGUGGGAUGUGACUGUCAGAUUGGAGCAUCAGAAGGAACGGAGCUCGUUGUGGCCUACGGUGGGCGAUCAUGGGACUCACGGAGGCUACUGUCCGCGGGGAGGCAAGAAUUUCCAGAACAUGAACAACAUUCGUGGUCGCAAGUCGAAGGGCGGCAAGGAGUUCGUAGUGAAAAUAUUUGUCGGGGUGGAGUACGAGUGUCCGCGCGGACAUAGAUUCAUGGCGUCCGCGCCGGACAAAGUGCUGAAGGCGACCGGGAACGGAAUAGUGAAGGAUAGCGGAAAUAAAGUGACGUCCAACACGGCUGACAUGCCACUUUACUUUCCGUGUCUUUGCAGACAAACUAAACAACUUAUCGCUCAAUUAAUGAAAAUCCACAUCGUGACACCCAAAGCGCCAGUGCACGUCACUUUGAACCCCCGGGUUCAACCUGGUCCUCCACCUUGUCCAAUAUUCGUUACCGGAUGCGAAGAACCGAUCAAACUGUCGCAGAGUGCAUAUUGGAUCUUAAGACUGCCUUACGUAUAUAUGGGAGAGAAAGGACCAUAUCUGCCGCCGAAAGAGCCAGUAUCUCCGUCUCACGGGCGCUUGUUGGCCGGGAUGUAUGGUAUCAGUGAAGUUGUGCCGGAGCAGAAAUAAGAAAAACUGUGAUAUAAAAAUAUUUGCGAAUAAGUUUUUUAUUUAGUUAUUACAUGUUUUUCAUGUUCAGUGAUUUACAUAAUUUCUAUGGAUUUCUGCGGUUGUAUUAAUGUGAAAUAAAUAUUCUCAAGUCGAAUCGUAA